AUGGUUGGAGAAAUCGGCGGCGACAAAAUCCUAGCUUAUGUCUGCGCAACUCCGAAUCCCAUCGCGACUAUCAGGUCGCGGGAAACCGUUGUAAGCAAAUCUCCGUCGUCGCCGCACAUGGUCUCGUUCUCCAGCCGCGGUCCGAGCUAUCGAACCUCCGAGAUUCUCAAGUCGGACGUGAAUGCGCCCGGAGUCAACAUUCUCGCCAGCUGGACCGGCUACGUCUGGCCAACGUCUCUCAACAGCAGUAAUUGCGAGGUCGAAUUCAACAUCAUCUCCGGCAGCAUUGAUGACCACGCGUACAACGUUGACAACAACGGGAAUAAUUUAACAGACCUCGCCACCGGGGACGUGUCCAAUCCAUCCUCGGGCCACAUCGAUCCAAACCGAGCAACGGAUCCCGGCCUGAUCUACGACAUCGAUACCCAAAACUACGUCGCGUUUUUGCGCAGCAUCGGGUACAAUGUGCGGCAAAUUACGGCAUUCACGAAAGAUUUGUCGAUCGUGGAUUGCAACGCAGUCGGGCUGAAAACUCCGGGGGAUUUGAACUACCCAUCGUUCUCAGUUGCCUUCUCCGGCUUUAAAAGCGUUGUGAAGUAUAAACGAAGCGUAAGAAAUGUCGGGAAGGAGGCGAAUGCCGUGUACGAGGUGACAGUGCACGCACCGGACAACGUGGAAGUGACUGUGACACCGAGUAAAUUAGAGUUCGGCGAGAAGGAAGAUACUCUAUCUGGGUGA